UGUUUCAAAAGAAAAGUGUAAUGGCCGUCUUUGGAUAUAGGCAUAUGUGUUACAUUCAUCUGUGGGCAGGCUAAUGUUUGUGCCAUUGGUGCUGUGUUAGAAAAGCAUGUUGGUGAUGAGAAGCUAGUGGAUUGAUACUAAUUAACACAAUCCAAACAGAGCAGAGGAGAAUUUCCUAUGACUUGCAAAUGAUGUGGGAAAGAUAGUUCUUAUGAGCUUGUUCCUUUCUAAGCAAGCAUUUUCAUAUUGGUGAAGACACAACAUAUACCAGGCACAUGUAAGCCAAAGUUUAUCUUCCGGAUACCAUGCAUUUUGAGGAUGCAUCUGGACUGAAGUGGAGAAGGAAAUGCUAGCUCUCAGCAGCAAAUUACAAGUGCCUUAGAGCAGAUGUAUGGUGCCUCUACUUUCAGUGGAGGAAGUGGAGAACAUGGAUUCAGGGAUCUAGUUUGGCACACCAUGUUUGAGAAGGAUAAGAGAAAACUUAUUUAGGGUAUUGACUCCUCAGAUGUUGUUCUCCAGGUUUUGGAUGCUACAUGUUAGGGACCCACAAGGUACAAGAUGCCUUCAUCUAGAGAAGCAUUUGAAAGAAAACUGCAAGCAUAAACAUGAUUCUUCUGUUAAACAAGUUUAGUCUCAUCUUCUAGCUGUAUUUAUAAGGCUGCGACAGCUUGUGAACACUUGUAGUUCCCCCUUUUCACUGUGAGAUUGUUUACGCUUGGGCUACAAAGGGGUGGCUUAGAAUAUUAUGAAAGCAUUUCAUGCUUGCAUCAAUAGGUCAUUUUGCAAGGUAAGUAAUACAUUUCACUUUCUCUCUCUCUCUUUCUCACAUGCACACAAAUGCUGGAGAAGCUCCCCUUCUUUUAGUUUAAGGCAAAUGUUGAAGGAAAACCUUAAUCUACCUAGAAAAAUAUUCUAUGCAAAGUACUUUGUAUAUUUUUUGCGUUUUUAGCUACUAACUUGUAUUGACUCAGCAUUAUCAUUUGUCUUUUCUUUUCUCAUUGCACACGGGGUUCUCUGUUGUCAACUUUGACACAAUUUGCCUUCCUAACAAGUGACAAGCAAGCAAUAUCUGUGGGAUUUGUUGGGUAUCCUAAUGAUGGAAAGUCUUCUGUUAUUAACAUAGGUCCUAAAAAUGUGCUGCCUCUUUAUGGCUUCUUCUGUUGCAUUAUUCAUGAAAAUUUGUGUUUCUAUGCCCUUGAAUGUUGAAGGGAUAAAUGUGCCCAUCACUAUGUUCCAAACUCUAUCUAACAUGUUUAUUAACUCUUAUCUAAGAUCUGAUUUCUCUAGAUGCUUUUAAGUAUAGCACCAUAUCUGUUUGUCAACAUUGUAGCCAAAUGAAUGUCUUGCAACUGUUUGAUUUUUUAACUACUGUUAUAUUUUAGGCACCUAUCUAUCUACUUCGUUUAUGAGGUCAGUGGUUCAUCUAAUAUAAUUGUUUGCUUUUCUAAAAGGUUUGCAAAGUUGCUUGAUUCUUGGGUAGACUAAGUUGUGGCAGUACAUAACACUCACAAAAAUGAUCUCCAUUGACUACCCUGGAGUUGUUUACCAGAACAGUGACUCUGAAACAAAUAUUGUACUAAAGGGUAUGCCAUGUUCGAUCAACUAAUUGCCUGCACUUUCUUCUGCCCUU